GAAAGCGAACGUGAAAUUGAAUUUUAAAAUAGUGAAACGCGGAGGCGUUGAUCACAUUUAUUUCUCGUCGAUGACGACGAUGCUGACCAUCAAGGAGUUCGAUGUUGAUUUCGUCGCUGAGAAUUUCGACAAGAUCCUGCAGGACGCCGUGACUCAAGCUCUGAGCAGCACCCAUCAGGAAGUGUUGGAUGUCACCAAGCCGAAUCUCGAAAAGGCCAUCUCCGAGAGGAUCCUUAAAAUUGGCAACCAGAUGUGCAAACAUUUCACUUACGACGAACUACUUCCCGACAGGGAAUAGAACUCCUUAAGCAAUUUGUUGACCUUCGUUAAUUAUACUUGGACCGAGAUCGUUCUGAAAUAUGUAAAUAUAGAUUGUACAUCGUGACAAAAUUUUGUUACA